ACUUGUGGGAUGUAAACAAACAGAACAGUUUAUUGAUAAUGUUGAUAACCAAAGCCGGCUAACUUUAAAAUUCAAUAUUUUUCAUGCAACAGGUACUUUUUAAAUGAAUAAUCCGAUGAAUGGUGUAUUGUAAUUUGAAAAAAUUUGGCUGACAAAGAAAAAUACGUUUGUGUUGUGAUGAAAACCCCUUAAAUAUAUUGACGCACGUGUCAACAAUAUGGAUUUAUCAGAUUGUUUUUCUGAAGAGAAAUCCGAGCAGGGCAUGCUUGGAACUUCCAGUGAUCAAGUUACCUCAAACCAGUUCAAUAAUAAUAUCUCGUUCAAGAUCGAAAAUGGUGCUUAUCCGUCUGAUCAAGAAAAUGACGAGCCUUACGAAAUUCAAUGUGAAACUGAUGAGCAGUUUACGAAAAAUGAAGACGUGUGCGUCGCAUGUGGAUAUAUCUCAGCGUACGAAUUUUUUAGUUUCCCGAUUAAUGCUGAUAUUCGACAGCAAUGGGCGAAGUUUUGUGAUAUGAAUUUAGAUAAAAUAAAACCACAUUUUCGCCUUUGCGAUGGACAUUUUAAACCCGAAGACUAUCAAAUCUCGAUGCAACGUAGAGUAUUGAUGCCAACAAGUGUUCCAACCUUACGACCAAAAGUGAAACACAACUUCACGCCUUCGAUUAGUCAGAGCUUUCAAUUCGGUACAGAUAUGAAUACUUUUUCAAAGCCAACGUUGAAUAUAAACACAUCGCAAAAUACGAUAUGCAGCUCGGACAUUGAAAGAAACACUACCACCACCGAUGUUCGUAAUAAACGAUUGCGCAGGAAUUUUAAAGAUAUUACGAAUAAUCAGGACAGCAUUCCUCCUAAGGCAGCGAAAUUGACAAACUUGAAACUUGGAAAGUAUCAGCUAUUAGAGAAAAAUUUACGAUCCGAUAUCUUCAGAUUGAAGAUACGAUGUUCUCGUCUCGAAGAUACUGUUUCCAACUUUAAAAAUGAAAUCAAGCAACAGGUUGAAGAAUGCUUCGUUACACGAGCAAAUAAUGCCGGAAAUGUUGCGAGAGAUAUUCAAAACUCGACUUCAUCGAUUAACGCUUCUUCAGAAAAUUCGAGACACAAUCUUCGUAUUACGGAGGUACGAACUGAUCAACGUUCUGUAAAAGAUGCGCUUGUAGGAUCUGCCGAACGGGUUACCGAAGAUGGUUACCUUUCGGAUUCGAGCAUGCCUUGCCUAGAAAUAUCCAUCGACGAUCCUCAGAGAGUAGAAGUAAAGCAAGAAUUAUUUACCGAAGAAGUUAUGCUCGAUGUACCUGCCGAAAAGGUUGCCGAAGAUAAUCACUUUGUGAAUUCGACAAUUUCUCCCCGAGAAAUAUCUACCGACCGUCUUCAAAAUGCGAAGGCAAUCCUUAAACCAUUUUCCAUAAGAGUAACGAACGCAGAAACUUCCAGAAAUGUAACUGAAAAUAAUCGCUAUCCUUUGACUACGUCUUCAGAAAAUUCGAAUAGUAGUCCUGGCAGUACAGAGGAUCCACCUGCGCAACAUUUCGAAAAAGUCACACCUCCGGAACCGGAAUAUUCUGACGAAAAUAGUCAAUCUCCAAAUUCUACCAUUCCUUCCUCAGAAAAGUCGUUAGAGAGUCGUGAUAACGCAGAGGCGCGAGCAGGAUGCUCAAAAACUCAAGAAAACUCCGGUCGCCGUCCGAUGCCUCGAUCUGCAAAACAGAAAAAACAUCUCCCAAACGUAAAAAAGCCAACGCGAAACUCCAGCAAUGAUUCAAACAAGGCGAAGGAACGGAUGCUGGACUCAUUGCCUUACUGCUGCGAUAUUUGUGGUAGUAAAUUUACCUAUAAACGUGAUUGGACAAGACAUCAGCAAGAACAUUCGAAGCCGUUUCAAUGCCAAGUCUGUGACAAACAGUUUGCUGAAAAAAUCCGUUUUAUUAGACAUGGAUUGACUCACAGUGAAAAGAAACGCUACAAAUGCGGCAUUUGUGAUGCACGAUUCAAGUACAAUUGCAAUAAAUUGGAGCACGAACGCGUACAUGUGGAAGGAGCUCGUUACGAGUGCACUGUUUGCGGAAAAAAGGUAUCCCGGAAACACUCUCUCAUUGAGCACCUGAGAAUACAUUCCGGUGUGAAACCGUUUUCUUGCCAGACGUGUAGCAGAAGUUUUACUCAAAAAAAUCAUCUUACUCAGCACCAACGAACGCAUAGCGAAGAGAAACCCUUCGAAUGCCGCAUAUGCAACCAACAAUUCAAGCAUAAUCGUAAUUGUGCAAGGCACGAAAGAGCCCACGUGGAGGGCAAUCGUUUUGAGUGUGCACAUUGCGGCAACAAAUUCCGCGAUAAGCACGACCUAACCAAUCACAUAUCAUUUAAAUGUACUUAAAUAUCAACGAUUGAGUACCUCUACCUAUCUAAUUUGUAUUUCUUUGUUUUGUUUUUUUUUCCAAUGUGAAGAAAACUUGUCUUGAUACUUGACGGAUUUCUGAAAUUCAGUUUAUUUUCAGUGAUAAGCGCGUAAAUGCCUUA